AUUCCAGGAUGUUAAUUGUUAGGCUAAUUUCUGCCACGUUUUAUACAAGAACAUUAAACCAUUGGUUAAAGAAUCUGAAGGUGUGACUUAAUAAAAGUUUAAAGGCAUGAUGAAAACUGAAAGUACUGCGCUGGACGACCUUGUGACACACACCUGUUCUUUAUUCCUAACGUAAAAAGAAAAAGAUGUCGGAGAUGAGCUCAAGUCAGGACAGUUUAAAAAUGAAACUGGAUCAGCUGGAGUGUCACUUCACAUGGGACCUCAACAAAGAUGAUCUGGACUUACAAAACCUCCUCAGCAGACUUCAGGAACAGGUCCGUUUGGAUCUGCCAGGAGCUGCCCGGGCGCUGAGCUCUAUAGGUUAUGUGAAAUUCCUUCUGGAGCACACAAAAGAGGCACUGACCAAUCUGCUGGAGUCUGAAAGGCUCGUGAAAGAAAACCUUGGUGACAACUGUGAAAAGUCCCUGAUUGUCACUUAUGGAAACCUUGCCUGGGUAUAUUUCCACAGGGAGAACUUCCCAAAGUGUCAAAGUUACCUGGAGAAGCUUGAGGAGAUAACGGAAACUUUACCAACCGAACCUUCAUCAGUUCCAGAGGUGCUUCAUGAGAAGGGUUGGGCCUUUCUUAAAUUCUCUCAUGACAAUGGCGUAAAAGUUUUCCAGAAGGCUGUGGAGCUAGAUCCAGACAACAGUGAGUUGAAUGCUGGGUAUGCCAUCGCUCUGUAUCGCACUGAACCUGACAUAUCUUGUACUGUAGAUUCACCUGCAGUCAAUCAGAUGAGACGGGCCAUUAAACUUAACCCAAAUGAUGGUGUCCUAAAGGUUCUUCUAGCAAUUAAACUUCUGUCAUAUCCAGAGAGCUUCAUGAAUGAGGCUGAGAAGCUGGUUGAGACAGCUCUGAAUGACGCUCCAGAUCAUCCGCACGUACUGAGAUAUGCUGGGAAAUUCUUCAGGAAUCAUGGGUCUGUAGACAGGGCCAUUGAGAUACUAAAGAAAGCGCUUAAAUCAACAAAUUCAUACUUCAUACAUUAUCAGUUAGGAGUGUGCUACAUGACCAAGAAAAUUAAUUUAAACAAAGAAGUACAGGACAAGUCUGAGAUAGAUAAGGCUCGAAAUCAAAGCAUCUACCACUUAGAAAUGGCAACUCAACUAAAACCUUCCUUCAUCGUUGCCAUGAGUGCGCUGGCUGUUCAGUACGGAGAGAGAGGUGACCCGAAGGACAGAGAGAGACGUGAGCUGAAAGAGGCAGAGGAAUUGUUUGAGAAAGUAUUUGAGACAGCUGAAAAGAAUAAUGAGCACCUGAAUACGGUCCAUGUUGACUAUGCUCAGUUCCAGCUGUACAGUAAAAGAUGUGAGGAUUCAGCAAUCAAACACUACAAGGAGUGCUGGACAAUGUAUCCUCAUACCAGAGAGGGCAAGAAAAGUGCUAAGAAACUAAUGGGAAUUGCCCAGAAUCGCUUCAAGCUUAACCCAAAUGAUCAGAAGGCCAAAGAAAUACUGGAAUUAGUUCAGAAAGCAAAAGGUGAGAUGUCAGGGGACACGAGAGCCAAUGAAGAGGAGUCUUUUUAGUAAUAUUAACUUAAUACAGUGAUGUAUAAUUAGUGAUUUAAAAAUUAGAAAAAAAUAUUUGUUCUUAUUUUUCAUUCUAAUGUUGAUAAAUCAAGAUUAUUUUAAAAAAUGGAGCCGCCAGCUAGUAAUUUGCCCAAACCGGAUCUUUAAGUGAAGCAUGCGCGUGCCACACCUACAGGCUCUGAUUUUUUACUAUUGUUACUCAGAAAUAAUGAAUACUUUUAUUGUGUCACUUAGUUAUUCAUUGUUUGAUAACAUAGUCUACAUUUUAAAAAUUGCAAUUGGCAAAUUCCUUGUUUUUAAGUUUUGUAAAUGUUAUCGAAUCUUCAGUGUGAAAACUUUCGUAUAUGCAGAUUUAAAAUGGUUAAUGAAUGAGACAAUAGUUAUAGUUAUCUCUGAAAUUGUACCUUGUUACAAAUCUGUUUGAAUUGUUAAUUUGUUACUAUUAUGGAAAAUUGUGUUUUUGUGGGUAAAAACUGUAAUGUAAUAAAAUCUAUUAA